GCUGAGUCGAUCAGAGAAGGGCGCCGCAUCUACCUCGGCAACCUCCUGUAUCGCGUUCAACCACAGGCAGUCCAGGAGAUGUUAGAGGCCAGCGGCUUCGAGGGCUUGUUCGAGGCCAUCCACAUUUCCAUGGAUGCCGUCUCUGGCCGCAACCCAGGCUACUGCUUCAUCGACUUCAAGACCCGCGAGGACGCCAACUUGGCUCUGGAGUCGUUGAACGGUGUCACGAUCCUGGAUCGCCCUGUCAAGGUCGGUCCUUGCCAGCCAAAGACGCGCGCGAGGGCCCAUGAAUACCAGCCUACAUUCCAGAGGUGGGGCGACUGGGUCGGAUCCGAAAGACGGAGCUCGCCCGGAGACACCUCAGCCGCUUCACAGGGGGGGAAGAAGAGAGAGCAAGGCCCGUAUGCAGCGUUGGACCACCUCAAGGAGGUGGAACGGGCAGAUACGCCACCCAGAGUAUACGUUGGAGGCAUUGGAAAGAUGGUCAACCAGGAGGAGAAUGACAAGGAAAUCAGAGGGUACUUUGAGGGGUUUCAAAUCGUCGCCAUCAGUAAGCGCAUCACGCCGCACCCGGAUACGAGAUUGCUACCAGGCAACCAUCAUUACUGCUUCGUCGACUUUGAGACCGUGGAGGAGGCUAAAGCUGCUAUUCAAGCUCUCAACGGGAGACCAGUUGUUGGUGGGAAGCUUCGGCUGGGAAUGGCAAAG